CGAACAUAUGCAAUAACGCAGACCUAAGCUGAAAUCUUUGGAUAAUAAAGAGAAUCAUCAUACUUCUGAAACACCAAAACAGACUCGUAAACUGUUUAGGAAAACAACACCAAAAUUAUUGUAGCCAUUACAAAUGGAUUAACACAUAAGUUCAAGAGAACCUUUGACUACAAAAGUAGAUGGACCACAUAAAAUCAGAUUAAGAACAUAUGUUAAUACUAUUGAAAAUUUGAUGAAUGAUAAUUUGUUAAAAUUAAUACCUCCAACAUGUGAUGGGACUACUUACUCAAUUGGUUAAUCAAUAGGUAAGGGAAGCUAUGCUACAGUAAGACUUGGAACUAAUAAAUAAGGGUUUAAAGUAGCAAUAAAAGUAUAUGAAAAGUUAUUCUUAAAAGGAGAGCGACUGAAUAAUCUCGUAAAAGAGAUCAGUGCAUUGAAAGCACUUAAUCAUGAAUAGAUUGUUAAAUUAUUGGAUGUUUAUCAUUGUGGAAGUACAAUAAAUUUAGUAUUGGAGUAUUGUGGAAAUGAGAGUCUCUUUACUUUGGUUAAAUAACAUAGAGCAUUAUCAAAGGAUUAUGCAUUCAAUAUCAUUCAUCAAUUAUUAAAGAUAUUAGUAUAUAUUCAUGAGAAGAAUAUAUGUCAUAGAGACAUCAAACUUGAGAAUAUACUUAUAAACAAUAAAAAAAUUAAACUAAUUGAUUUUGGAUUUAGUACAAUAUACAAUUGUAUUACUUGUCAUUGUGGUACACCUAGCUAUAUGUCACCUGAAGUUGUGACAAAAUAGAAAUAUGAUGGCAGAACAACUGAUAUAUGGGCAUUAGGAGUUCUUUUUGUAGGUUUGUUAUAAGGUAGUUUUCCAUAUAAGGGUUCAACAGAGAAAGAACUUUUCUCUAAAAUCAGAAAUAAUGACUACACUAUUAAUAGUUAGGAUAAGGAUGUUAAAGUGUUUUUAGGUUAGAUAUUUGUUUUGGAUCCUCAUCAUAGAGCAACUGCAAAAGAGGUAAAUAUUUAUUACUUUUAUUUUUAGUUACUAUAAUGCGAUGUUUUUAGAUCUAUGUGA